AUGGUGGAAAAGCUCGGGGUCGGCGUACUUGACGAACUUAGCGAGCUUAACAUUGAUGAUCUUCUGACUGAAGCAAAUGUAGCAAGGAAGAAGCGUGGGACUUCAGCAUGUGGAAUCACAGACUGCGCUGAUCCGAACAGCAACGGGAUUCGAACAAUAACUGGUAAAUGCAACAACGUGAAGAAUCCGAUGCAAGGGGCGGCAGUGACCCCUGUUCGCCGCCUUCUUGGAAAACCCAGCUACGCAGACGGUUUCAAUGCGAUACGAACCAAAGGCGUCAAGGGAACAACUCUUCCAUCGACAAGAGAAAUAUCGAACAAGCUCCACCAAGAGGUACAACACAGUUCCUUAACUUCCUGA